CCUCCCCUCUCACCAAACAGACAAUCAACAGGCACAAAAGCCUCAUAAUUCUUACAUUAUUUGAUCUCAUGCAAGAAGCAAUCCCAUUUAGAACAUACAUCCCGGCCACCGCCACCAGCGGCGUCAACCGGCUGUUUCCUCCGCGCGAUGGCGGCAGUACUAGCGGUGGAAAUGUGGUAGAAUUAGCCAAUGGAGAAAAUUACGUCCAAAAAUUGGUAUUAGAGAAUUCAGUUAUAGUGUUCGGCAAACGUGGAUGUUGCAUGUGCCAUGUCGUAAAAAGAUUGCUAUUAGGUUUAGGUGUCAACCCCACCGUCUUCGAGGUGGAUGAAAAGGAAGAAGCUGCCGUGAUCAAUGAGUUAUCGAUCAUUAACGGAAGGAAAGACGUGGACGGAGGUGAAGUGCAAUUUCCGGUGGUUUUCGUCGGAGGAAAAUUGUUUGGUGGACUCGAAAGAGUUAUGGCAACUCAUAUUUCUGGUGAGUUGGUCCCUAUCUUGAAAGAAGCUGGGGCUCUGUGGCUAUGACUUAAUCCUAAAUUUUCUUUUAAUUCUCUUUUUAAUUUAAGUUAAUGUUCUGAUUGGGAUGUUAAUUCUUUCUCUCAACGAAUUUUAGAGGGAGGAAUUAAUAAAUAUACAUAUAUAAAUUAAUAUAUAGGAUUUUUAUUUUUAUUUUUAUUUUUAUUUUCUUGCCGUCUCAUAUGAGCCUUUAGAUCAUCUAAUUUUAUUUCAGAUCUUGGAUUCUUGAAAUUUGGGAAUUAUGAAGACUCUCUUUCUCUCUCUCUCUCUCUCUAUAUAUAUAUGAAUGUAACUUUCCAGCUGGAAUGUUGAUCUCUGUUUGGGUUCAGCCAUA